AUGGCCGAGACGGACCCCAAGACCAUGGAGGACAUCACCUUGGUGCUGGAGACACUCCAGAAGCAGAUGCAAGACAAGUUUCAGAUCAUGUCCGAUCAGAUCAUUGGAAGGAUUGAUAACAUGAACAGUCACAUUGACAACCUAGAAAAAAAUAUUGCUGACCUCAUGACCCAGGCUGGAGUGGAAGAACUGGAAGGCAAAAACAAGAUUCGUACUGUGCAAAAGAGUUGA